CUCAGCCAUUGCGGAGGGACGGGGCGGUAUUUCAAGAAGACACGGAAGGGGCGGGGUGUCACUAAACAGCAGAUUGCAUCGCGGAGAAAGCGGCUACGGGGGAAUUAAAAAAAAGCAUAGCUUCACUGGAGAGAUUGGCAGUUCAGUACCGGGAAGGCACGAUGUCCGAUAGAAAAGCUGUGAUUAAAAAUGCUGACAUGUCUGAAGAUAUGCAGCAGGAUGCGGUGGACUGUGCAACUCAGGCAAUGGAGAAGUACAACAUCGAAAAGGACAUCGCUGCCUUUAUCAAAAAGGAAUUUGACAAGAAGUACAAUCCUACCUGGCACUGCAUAGUUGGCAGAAACUUUGGUAGUUAUGUCACACAUGAAACAAAACACUUCAUCUACUUUUACCUGGGUCAGGUUGCGAUUCUUCUAUUCAAGUCUGGCUAAAAAGAGAAAGGGGAAUAAAAAUGAACUUGAGCACUGACGGCUGGAGCCACAGUCCCUUUAAUGGCUAAACGGCUGCAUGGACUUUAUCUUCUGUGUAUAUGUAGCAGUAAACUUGCUUUAAUGCCCAAAAUGGCUUUUUCUUUCUUUUCAUUGCACUGAAAUGGUUAACAGUGGCCUUUGAAUAUUUAGGAAAAAAACCUGGGAUGGUUCUACCUGAAGACCUGGAUUAUUACACUUCUAUAGAAGCAUUUAAUUUAAUUUCAUUCAGAAAUACAUUUCAUUUUUCUUCCCUUCUCCUUCCCAACACCCCAUCCCCCCCCCCCAACCAAAA